AAAGCAAGGCAGACUCAGAAAAUUGCUCUGCUCUCAGUUCAUAACUUCGUAGUUCUCAGUUGGCGCCUCAGACCAAAAACCCCAAAACCCUCCCAUGAAACAUUUCAAAUCCCCUCCCUUUGUCUGAACCUCCAAAAACCCACCUGAAACCCUCCGCCAACUAAUCAAUGCCGCCUCCAGCUUCGGCGACGCCGCCGGAGAUGGUGCUCCACAACCGCUUCUUAGGGUUCCUCAUAUGGCAAUCCAUCCCCUCCACCGUCAUCUUCUUCCUCUUCAAAACCCUCUCAUCAGUCGUCUCCUCCGCUUCCCCCUCCGCCGACAAGCCCCCAUUCACAUUCCCGUUCGCCCCAUCGAUAUUUGCCCUUAUUACGUUUUUGACCUUCCACCUCUCCCAGCUCCUCUUCUCCUUCUCACUCUCCCUCGUCGCCUCGCCACACCCCCACCGCCCCGCCUCUCUUCUCCAGCUCGCUCUCGGGCUCGUUCGCUUCCUUUUUGUACCGGGUGGCUCCGAUUCGUCGGAGACGGCCGAUUCCCGUGCCCGGGCUAAACUUUCGGUGCGUUUCCUGAUGUUUUUGGGCGCGGCGGCGGUGUCGGGGUUUGUUUCGGUGGCGUCGUUGUGUGGGGGGUUUGGCGAUGGGGUUUCUGCGAUUGGGAGAGUAGGGUUUAGGGGUUUUAUGAUGGGUUUGCUUUAUGGGCUGUACUAUGUGUAUAAUCGCAGGUGGGUCUUGGAGUUUCCCAUUAUUCAGCGUCCUCCCUUUUUCAGCUUCAAAAUGGGGCUUCCUUCAGCUAUCACACGAUCCUUGCAGCUUUCCUUUGUUGCGUACCUGUUUUCAGCUGCACUGCUAGUGUUUCUGCCCCACCACAUUCAGAACCAGACUACAACUGGAAAGUUUAUUGCCGAGCAGAUCAGGUUUUACAUUGGGAGUUUCUUAGUGUUUCUCUGCUGGGAACUAAGUCACCAUUUACAUCGGCUGCUUCACACAAAGAGAUUCGUAUUUGCGCCACCUAAAGGAUCAGCAGCAGCAGAAACAAAUCCAAGUGAGAUUCUCCUUGCAGCUCUGGAGGAGAGCAGUCCUAAUUCUCUUCUUCAGUAUCUUGCAUAUCUUGAUCUCUGUAUGGUUUGCGAGAAUAAUGUGGAUGCUUGGAGAAGAGCUGCAUUUUUUGAGGAAACUGGUGAAACGUACAAAAGAGUUAUAUCUGUAUGCUUGCGGCCUCUGGAGCAGCUUGCAUCAAAGCUAGGUGAAGGCUUGGAAAGUUCCAUUGAAAACGGCUCCCAAAUAUCCAAUCAGUUACUGUCCCCAACUGACAACCGACUAGACUCAAAAUACUCUGAAGCCUUGAAUAACUUCCAGCUAUAUGCAUGGUGUGCGUGGACAGCUGCCUCACUGACUGCAUGCUCACUCAAAGAGGACAGAUAUGGGGUUGCCCAGAUCUCUGGUAGUAAUGCUGCUGUAAUGUCCACACUGAUUUCUUGCCUUCUUGCUGUUGAAACAUACAUGGGGAAGAAGACCACUUUGCAGUCUGCUAAUCAGUUCAUGGGGUCAACUGGUUUUAAAUUGAGAAACUCGAGCAUGGCUAAUACUGGCACAAGCAAAAAGAGAGCCGGCCCGCUUCAUUCAAAAGCAUAUGCUGUUGCUGAUGUUCUGAGGAACUCGAUCUACCAGAUUGUGUCUGCUUUCCAUGAUCAGAUGGCAAGCAGUGCUAAAAAGGGCUUUCUUGACAAGGAUUGGAUCAUUAACAGCAAGCCUCCUUUCGGACCACGCGAACUUCUUGUGCAGAAACUGCGUCUAUUCCUUGACUUUCGAGCCAGCUAAGUUCUUGUUAAUUUUUCCGGGAUUCAAGCCUCUUCCUUUAAUCAUUGAACUUGCUUGCGGCAUGCAUACAAAGAGCUGGUUUUGUUUCUUAAGCCUAAAAAUGACUGGUGGAUGGGAUGAGCUGAAGGACAUAAUCCCCAUUUAUUACAAAGAGAUAUCAUAUUUGGAUCCUAUAAAUUAAGUUGUAUGGUUGAUAGGAAGCACUUGCAUCGACUGUUUUACCGAAAUCAAAAAUUUCCAGUUUACUUCGUGUUA